AUGGCGUCGAACGAGCACUGUGCCCUGGUGGAAGACCGGACAUUUGGUCCAUGGGCUCAGCAAUGCCGUGGAGCCUUCGACUUCACUCUCCUCUUCGAGGAGAGCAUCCUCACAUUGGUACCGCUAUGCAUUAUGAUCUUGCUGACACCUUUCCGAAUUGCAUAUCUUUUGAAGAAAAAACGGAAAGUCGAGGACACCCCCUUGGCACAUAUGAAAAUGACCGCUCUUGCAGCAUACUGUGGAUUGCAGCUUUUGCUUGUAAUCUUGUGGACCCGUCCCGAUGUCUAUAGAACGCAGCUCUCGAUCGCGGUCAACGUCCUAACGCUUGUUGCUUCUAUUCUCUUCAUCUUCCUCUCCUACGCAGAACAUUUAUACACGACCACCCCAUCUUUGAUGCUCAAUGUAUUCUUCUUCUUCACCCUCCUUUUCGAUGUUGCUCGAGCAAGGACUCUAUGGCUCCGAGACACUGAUGGAACCGGUGAAAUCAUCGCCUGGGGCUUCACUGCUACUGUUGCUUUGAAAUUCGUCAUUUUGCUCCUGGAGGUUACCGAGAAGAGAUUCAUGCUCAAGCCGGAGUACAAGUCGUAUCCUCCAGAGGCCACUGCUGGUAUCUUCAACCGAAGUUUCUUCGUCUGGUUGAACGCUCUUUUCUGGGACGGAUUCUCCAAGCUACUCUUCGUGGAAGAUCUAUACGAACUGGACAAGCAUUUGCUGUCGGAACGUAUUCACCAGCGCAUGAACGACGCAUGGGAUAAAGUCAAAUCUAAGACGCCAAAUUCCUUGCUCAUGGUGACUUUCAAGACGCUCAAAUGGCCAAUCUUGUCCAUUGCCUUCCCGCGUCUCUGCUUGAUCGGAUUCUUGUUUGCUCAGCCUUUCCUCUUAAACAAGGCCAUCCUGCUUUCCUCCGAGCCCAUUAACGAGCAUACAACCAACCAGGGCUACGGACUUAUUUUUGCUUAUGUCAUCGUAUACACCGGUUUGGCUGUUACCAUGGGUCAAUACCAGCAUUUGACUUACCGAGCCAUUACCAUGGUUCGUGGAGGGUUGAUCUCCAUGCUCUACCGAAAGGCAACCGACAUCAACAUCCAGGAUGUAGACCCGGCCUCUUCCAUGACCCUUAUGAGCGCCGAUAUUGAACGUAUUGUCCAAGGAUGGCAAACUAUGCAUGAACUGUGGGCAGCUGCCGCGGAAGUGGGUAUCGCCAUUUUCUUGCUUCAGAAGCAGCUCGGAGUCGCUUGUGUUGUUCCAAUCGCUGUGUCGAUUCUUUCACUCUUCGGCUCCGUCAUUGCAAUGAACUUUGUCAUGGCUCACCAGGCUGCAUGGCUAGAGGCCAUUGAAAGGCGUAUUUCCGCCACCAGCGUGAUGUUGAGUUCCAUGAAAGGUGUGAAGAUGUGUGGAUUGAAGGAAGUUCUCCUAACGAAUCUCCACAAUUUGAGAUUGGAAGAACUGAACAUCUCCAAGAAGUUCCGUAAGCUUCUGAUCUGGAAUAUGGGCUUUGCCUUUAUCUCCCAAAUCUUUGGCCCGAUCAUCACCUUCGCUGUGUUCGCUGCCAUCAACAAGAAUGGCGGCGGUAAUGCCGUUUUGGAUAUCAGUCGCGUGUUCACUUCGCUCUCUCUCUUUGCCUUGCUUGCGGAGCCGCUGCAGUCCCUGAUUAUGUCCCUGGUGACAUUCCUUGGCUCAGUCGGAUGCUUCACCCGUAUUCAGGAGUUCCUCGACAAGCCAUCCCGAGUCGAUUCUAGACGCCAGCCAGAGGAAAGAAUUACCAAUUUGUUCAGUCUAAGCCAGCAGACCCUUGCUCUCUCUGAUAAGGACGCUGUCAAGAACGGCGAGAAGGUCAAUCGAAGCUCUGCCAGUCCAACCAUCACGUCGACUAAGUCUGGUGGUUCAUUCCCACUCAAGGGAAUGGCCAAUUCCAACCAAGCAGUUGACGCUGUUACUAUCCGCGAUGGCUGCUUUGCAUGGGAGAACGAGAAGGGCGCCGUCCUCAAGUCCAUCAAUAUCAACAUCCCUCGCUCCAAGACUACCGUCAUUGUCGGUCCCGUUGGCUGUGGUAAGUCGACUUUGCUCAAGGCCAUCCUCGGUGAAGUUGUCUGUCUCGGCGGAGUUGUCGAGAUUGCCUCCAUGAACAUGGCCUUCUGCGACCAGACUGCCUGGCACAUGAAUGAGUCUAUCAAGGACAGCAUUGUCUCCGUGCUUGACUUUGAUGAAAAAUGGUAUGCCACUGUAGUCCGCGCCUGUGGUCUUGCUCAGGAUCUUCGCCAGCUCCCUCGUGGUGACCAGACCAUUGUUGGCAGCAAGGGUAUUGCUCUCAGUGGUGGUCAGAGCCAGCGUAUCGCCCUCGCCCGAGCUAUCUAUGCCCAAAAGGAUGUUCUCAUUCUCGACGAUGUUCUCAGUGGAAUCGAUGCCGCAACUGAAAACCACAUCUUCCACAGCCUGCUUGGUGAAGAGGGACUUCUCCGCCGACUCGGCACCACGGUCAUCAUCACUUCGUCCUCGCCCAAACGUAUUCCAUAUGCCGACUAUAUCGUUGCCCUCAGCUCUGACGGUCGCAUUGACGAGCAAGGUAAAUUCGAGGAGCUUAACGUAUCCGGCGGAUACGUCUCGAGCUUCAACCUUCCUUCGCCCGAUUGGCUGUUCAAGCCUGAACCUGAGCGACCUCUCCCUGCUCCAGCCGUCAUCGAUGAAACCCCCCAGACGUCUGACGAACUUGAGGCUGCGGCUAACCGACGAAUGGGCGACAUGGCCAUCUACCUGUACUAUGCGCGAUCGAUUGGCUGGCCAACCACUAUCCUCUUCAUGUUCUUCAUCAGUGCCUUCGUCUUCUGCAUUUCCUUCCCUACUAUCUGGUUGAAAUGGUGGGCUGCGGCCAACGUCGAGGCUCCGUACGAGAAGCUCGGCUAUUAUCUGGGUAUCUAUGUCAUGCUUGGUGUCCUUGCCAUCAUCUCUCUCAUCCUCGGAUCAUGGCAGAUGAUCAUCAACAUGGUGCCUAAGUCUGGAGAGGCCUUCCAUUUCACUUUGCUUAAGACAGUCCUGUCCGCCCCCCUGUCCUUCUUCUCGACCACUGACCAGGGUGUGACUAUGAACCGUUUCUCCCAGGAUCUUCAGCUCAUCGACAUGGAACUUCCCGUUGCCGCACUCAAUACCUUUGCAACUUUUGUCCUCUGCUUCGCUCAGAUGGUGAUCAUCGGUGUUGCUUCAGUGUACGCUGCCAUCGCUUUCCCACUCAUCCUCGGUACACUGUACAUGAUCCAGAAGUACUACCUCCGCACCUCUCGCCAGCUCCGAUUCAUGGACCUUGAGGCCAAGGCACCUCUGUACUCUCAGUUCACCGAGUGUCUCAACGGCCUAGCCACCAUCCGUGCCUUUGGAUGGCAGGAAGCCCUUGAGAAGAAAAACCGAAAGCUGCUUGACCGUUCCCAGAAGCCAUUCUACCUCCUCUUCUCUGUGCAGCGAUGGCUUACUUUGGUCCUUGACAUGGUGGUUGCUGGUAUUGCUGUGCUGUUGAUUGUCCUGGUCAUCAAACUCCGAGGCACCAUCAGUGGUGGGUAUGCCGGUGUUGCCCUUCUUAACGUUAUCCAGUUCAGUCAGUCUAUCAAACUGCUCAUCACCUUCUGGACCACCCUCGAGACGCACAUUGGAGCCAUUGCCCGUAUCAAGGUGUUCAACGAGACUGCCCAACCUGAAGAUAAGGAGGGCGAAAACACACAGCCACCAGACAACUGGCCUGCCCAGGGAGGCAUCGAGUUUAAAUCCGUCUCAGCGGAGUACCGACCAGGCGAGCCCAUCCUUAAGGACGUCACCCUUACCGUUGCUCCAGGAGAGAAGUUGGGCAUCUGUGGACGAACAGGAAGUGGAAAGAGUUCUCUUAUCCUAACGAUCUUCCGCAUGCUCGAGCUGAGUGGAGGCAGCAUCUCGAUCGACGGCAUCGAUCUCAGCACUCUGCCUCGCUCCGAGAUCCGGUCCCGUAUCACCGGUGUCUCGCAGGACGCCCUCAUACUAAAGGGCUCACUGCGCCUCAACGUCGACCCAACCGGCGUUCUCGGUGACGACGCAAUGAUCUCUGCCCUCAAGAGCGUCCAGCUAUGGAACAUUGUCAACGAGAAGGGCGGCCUUGACGUUGACAUUGAUGAGUUCCAUCUUUCGCACGGCCAGAAGCAACUUCUCUGUCUCGCCCGAGCAAUCCUCCGACCCAGCACUAUCCUCAUCCUCGACGAAGCCACCAGCAAUGUCGACAACAAAACCGACGAGAUCAUGCAGCGAGUGAUUCGCGAGAAGCUCUCAUCUCGCACCAUCAUCGCAGUCGCCCACAAGCUCGAUACCAUCCUCGACUUUGACCGAGUUGCUCUGCUAGACCACGGCGAGCUGCUCGAAUAUGACGACCCGUAUACCCUGCUGUCUACCGACUCUUCAUUCAGCCGUCUGUAUGCCAGCACCAUGGCCGAGACGCCCGAGGAUGUCGAGGUCAUCAGCGUCUCGGACGAAAUGAUCAGCACGCCAGCGACAGGACGCAACAGCACUCCUGGACGCAACAGCACGUAA